AUGGAGCGUCCGGUGAGAGUAAAGACUUGGGUGGAAGAAAACCGGGCCUCCUUCCUGCCCCCAGUCUGCAACAAGCUCCUGCACCAGCAGCAGCUCAAAGUCAUGUUUGUCGGGGGCCCCAACAUCCGAAAGGACUAUCACAUUGAGGAGGGUGAGGAGGUGUUUUACCAGUUGGAAGGCAACAUGGUUCUCCGAGUCAUAGAGCAAGGCAAACACCGAGACGUGGUCAUUCGACAGGGAGAGAUAUUUCUUCUGCCUGCGGGAGUCCCCCACUCACCACAGAGGUUUGCCAACACUGUGGGGCUGGUGAUUGAGCGGAGGCGGCUGCCAACUGAGCUAGAUGGGCUCAGAUACUACGUGGGAGACACCAUGGAUGUCCUGUUUGAGAAGUGGUUCUACUGCAAGGACCUUGGCACACAGUUGGCUCCCAUUAUUCAGGAGUUCUUCAGCUCUGAGCAGUACAGAACAGGAAAGCCCAUCCCUGACCAACUGCUCAAGGAGCCACCAUUCCCCCUGAGCACACGGCCUGUCAUGGAGCCCAUAUCCCUGGAGGCUUGGUUGGAUGGCCACCGCCGGGAGCUGCAGUCCAGCACACCUCUCAGCCUGUUCGGGGACACAUAUGAGACCCAGGUGGUCGCUUACGGACAAGGCAGCAGCAAAGGCCUGAGACAGGAUGUGGACGUGUGGCUGUGGCAGCUGGAGGGCUCUUCUGUGGUGAUGAUGGGAGGACAGCACCUAACCAUGACCCCUGAUGAUAGCCUCCUGGUGCCAGCUGAGACUUCGUAUGCAUGGGAGCGAGCACAAGGCUCUGUGGGCCUAUCUGUGACCCAGGAUCCCACCCACAAGAAGACCCUGGGGUAA